UUUUAGAAGAAACUGACAUCAGACAACCAGCAUUUGUUCUCAAUUGAGGAAUCUGUGUCAAACUGAUUUAAACUUUCUUCUCACAAGACAGUCUUUCACGGUUUGCUGGGUGCUGGCUCAUUUGUUAUCUCACACUAAACUGCCUCUCAUCAUAUUGCUGCUUCUUUCAUUGUUCCUCACUGCAGUUUCUAUUUAUUUUAUACCACUGGUGUGCGAUACCACAAGAUACACUCCAGAUGAACAGACUUCUACAUAUCAGGGGUCAUAUUGUGUCAGCAGAUAAGAAUAUGAACAUAGCCACUACUCUGCCAAGUCCCCUCACAACACAUGUGCUGAAUACAGCCCAAGGAGUUCCUGGAGCCAACAUGACCAUUAGCCUUCAUCACCUAAACCCCAUCUCAUCAGAGUGGAAUUUACUCACAACAGGGAUAACAAAUGAUGAUGGACGGUGUCCUGGGUUAAUCACAAAAGAAAGCUUCAUUGCUGGUGUGUAUAAAAUGCGUUUUGAGACUGGAAAUUACUGGGAUGCCUUGGGGGAGACAUGCUUCUAUCCAUAUGUAGAGGUUGUCUUCACCAUUACUGAUCCUUCACAGAAGUACCAUGUUCCACUGCUUCUGAGCCGUUUCUCUUAUAGUACAUAUAGAGGAAGUUAAAUGUAAAGUUCAUGCAUCUUUCAGUUCCUACUGCAUGCAUAAGAAAAUAAUGUUUUCUCUACUGUGGUAAUACUUCAUAAUAGUGUUCAGAUUUUGUUGAUUAAAAAAAAUUACUAAACAUUAAUACGCAUUUGUAGAUGAUUACUAUAAAGUGUUAACAUUGCAAAUUUGUUAUCAUCUAAGAAUGUCACAAACUAAUCAUUAUUAAAUACCACUUCGUAUUAGGUGGCCUUAACUACUAUGUACUUACAUUUAAAUUAAUAAUUUGAUACAAUGCACUUAUUGUGUACAUACAUGUUUUAACAUUGUACUUAUAUUAAACAAAAUACCUGCUAUUAUUUACAUCUAUAAUUAAUUUCUGUAACUAACCCACCCUUAAACCUGUGCAUACCACCAAACCUGUCUCUAACCUUACCCAUAUCCCAGCAAAAGUGUUUUGCAAUACAAUAUGAACACAAUAAGUACAUUGCACUUAUUUUUGAUGUAAGUACAUAGUAGGUAAGGCCACCUAAAGUAAAGCGGAACCCAACCAAUUCCUAGUAAGUAAUCAGUAGCUUAUAUAAUUUGAUCAUAAUUACACUUUGUUAAGAAUUUGUAUGGUUACACUGUAACAAAAUGCUGUAAAACCAGUCAAACAUUUUUUUUUUGCCAUUAAAACAGUACUAAACUGUGAAAAUUUCCUGUUUCCUAUAAAGAUGUUAAUAAUUCAGUGGCUUUGUAAAUAUCAUAAAAAAAAACUUGUAUUAACUUAAUAAAAUCUCUGAAUAUCAUUAAAGAUUGUUUGAGCUGGGUUUACCAAAAUUAAUAAGUAAAAAUCCCAGAGUUUAUUUUAUCU